GAUUUAUGAAACAUGCAGGAAAACAGCUCAGAUAAUGUGUUAGAUACGGGUAUUCAACAUCAUGUGGCAAGUCGUAAGAGAAGAAUUUCUUCUGGCAGAUUGUAUGAAUGUCUUGGAUACAACAGCUACUCGACAUUUUACCGACGUCAAAAACGGUUACGAGAUGCAGCAUUUAGUGAUUGGGAUAUCUGGAAACGUUAUUGUGCAUCUAGACAAGAUGUACCAAAGGAUAAUACAGAGCCUUUGGUUUCAAGUUCAACGGAACAGGGAACAAUAGAAGGUAUAACUUGUACUAGUGAGGCUGUCACUGAUGUUUCUCCAACUGAUGAGAACCAACUUCAAGUUUUUCGUAAAAAGAUGACAUACAAAGAGCUGCUUAGAAAGUCGUUAAUGAAACUGUUCGUAUCAUCAAAUAUUUCAGUAGUUUUUGCUCAGGAAAUAUUGGACUGUUUCCGUAAAUUUAAUCCAAAUGUGCCGACAACCGUUAAAGAUGUACUAAGAGAUAGCGGCACGUGUCUACCUAGAUUUCUUCGACAAGAUGUUAGUAACCAUCAUCUUGAACUAAAGGAAAAUCUGCAGCCUCAUUCAGAUAGUUCGGUUGACAGCGGUACUAAUCAACAUGCUGGCGUACUCAGCAACGUGAUCCAUGUUAAAAAUUCUACAUCCUCAGUUAGAUUUCUUGUCGUCCGUUCGCUGAAAGAUAAUAGUAUAAUCGCUAUCCCAAGCACUUGGGUUGUGAGAAGUGGUUUAUGUGCAUAUAGCAGCACUGCAAGCCAUCUAGAGCCUGUGUAUACUGGGCAUGGAUGGUCGUUGUUCGAAUUCUGUCAACUACAGGAAUUCGAUACGUAUGAGAAUUGUCAAAAGAUUGUAGACCUUUUGAGAAGGUAUGGUCAAAGCGCUAAAAAGGUAGAUAUGAGACCGAAAAGGGAUGCAAACAGAAAUAACGAGGAGUUAUCAUAUAAUUCUAUGGAUAGUGAUACAACUGCUAGCGAAGUUGGUUGCAUUAAAUCACGAUCUCCAGAUUAUAAUAGAUGCGAUGACUUCGCAACCACAAUUCCAAGUACUUCAAAUGCUCUGAAUUUUCGUUCUUCAUCUCCUGUCGUCAAAAGGAUGACAAGUGGAUCUAACCGACUGUCGUCUAACGCAGUUGCCACUGAUUCCAUGAAAUUGCAGAAAGUACUCGAUCAUUUAAUGGAAAUCAAAAGCAUGUGUACGAAAAUCUUAAACAUUGUUAGUAUCAGCAGCAGCAGCAGCAGUAAAUCUCUAUGGCAACCUCACCAUUAUUCAGCCAACGAUGGUUACGCUCUAAUGUUUCCGAUUGAGAAUGAAGUCCACUUAGAGAUGCUGGAAGCAUCUUUAAGCGAGGAAAAGUACAAGAGGAUAUAUAUAGCUAAAAUGUGUGACUGCCUUCAGGCUGAUCCGAAGUUGUCACUUAAAGUGAUGAUGCGUACUGUUCUUAAACCUGAAGUUGCCUUGAAGUUUACAUUUCAAGGGACUGUGACAAAGUGCAGCAUUUUGCCGUAUACCUUCUAUAAAAUUAUGAGAUGUAAGAUUCAUUUAAUGAAAAGUGCAUAUUUCUAUAGAUGUAAUUAUUGGGAAAUUCUCCGGCCGACUGAUGUUGUCGGUGAGAGAGUUAGACGAGAUUCUAGACAAAGCCACGAAAUCAUACUUUCAUAAUUUGAAAGAUAGUGUUCGAAGGCGUGAGCUGAGGAAGGAAAUUCAGGCAAAUGAAGAAGAAACCAGCAGAGGAAGAAACAGCGGGAGUUACGGAAAUACACUUUCCUCAAAUUAAAUGCUGAAAGUGGUAUGAACAGACGUUUCCCUCAACUGCUGCC